AUGACGCCUGGGCUGUAUGAACUUGUAGACGGUGGGAGCAAUUCAAAGGGCGUUUUGGAGCAAAAACUGCUACGUUUUAUAUGUUGCAUACUCUUGACUGGAUGUUGGUCGCUGGCGGCCGGGAGGACCGCCGGAUUCAGUGGAACCCUUGUGGAUGUGACCGUAUCAUGGGAGUUUUCGGGGGCGCCGAAAGGACGCAAUCCCAAUCCAUCUGGACUGGGGCGAGCAAUUAUCAAUAGAAAAACCAAGGAUGCACGGAUUGCUCUGGAGACUGGUUUGUACACCACGGACGUCGACUACACACGCCUCCAGUCCAUUACCCAGGAGCGAGACCUAGACGAGUUCUUGAGCACUGCAACCCUCGCAGGAACGGAUUUUACUGCUGAGCGUAGGAAUGUCAAAAUUCUCGCCGCAUCUGCAGGUGUGCAACACAACCCAUUCCUUCUUAGCGAGGAAGAGGAGCAAAGCACACUGCGUAAGCAAAAGGAGAACACACAGCGUCUUCGUGUCCCACGAAGGCCAGCGUGGAUGAAAGCCAUGACGAGCGCGCAGCUGGAUAGGCAAGAGAAGGAUGCGUUUUUGGAAUGGAGAAGGGGCCUCGCGGAAUUGCAGGACCGCGACCAGUUUCUUCUCACUCCUUUCGAGCGCAACAUCGAAGUCUGGCGACAACUUUGGCGUGUUCUGGAGAGGUCCCACCUGGUUGUUCAAAUUGUUGACGCGCGGAACCCCCUGCGGUUUCGGUGUGAAGACCUGGAGGCGUAUGUCCAAGACGUAGAGGGUGCGGAGGGCGAGCAAGGCACGGGGAAGGGCAAGAGGCGGAGUUUACUGCUGAUAAAUAAGGCGGAUCUCUUGACCUCUGGUCAACGGUACGUUCAUCUCGAUCAUGCACGCGUGCAGAGAAGUAACAAAUACCAAAGAAAACUGUGGGCCGACUACUUCGAUUCCCAGGGCGUCAAAUACGCGUUCUUCUCUGCCGCAAAUGCGGCGGCGUUACAAGAAGCGAGGAAAGAGGCAGCGGACACAGAAGCGCGCUUGGAAGAGCAGCAAGCUCGGUCAUCGGAACCCAACGAAGGCGAAGAUACUCCGUUGAGCCAACCGGCGACCGCUGGUGAUGAGGCACUUGGUCCACAGGAGUCUGAAGAUAGCGACACGUCUGAAGACAGCCCCGAUGAAGACGAGUUGCCAGAGGAGGAUUCCGAUGACGAUUCCGAGGACGGAGCGUUUCUGCCCAUCGAAGAUGAUCAGGACGCUCAAGACCCUAGGACCAGAGUGCUGUCCGUUCUUGAACUGGAGGAUCUCUUCGUUAAGAGUGCACCUGAUCUAGCAUGUAAGCACUGCAUCUUCUCAGCUCGCGUUCAUCUCAAUAACAUCCGUACAGCUUUCACCGACUCAUCUGGACAGUCUCCGACGAGGCUCGUCAUUGGGCUCGUUGGGUACCCAAAUGUCGGGAAGUCAAGUACUAUCAACGCGCUCCUCGGAGAGAAAAAAGUCAGUGUCUCAUCAACCCCAGGAAAGACCAAGCAUUUCCAGACCAUCCACCUAUCGCCGUCCCUGGUCCUGUGCGAUUGUCCUGGUCUCGUAUUCCCUCAGUUCGCCACCACCAAGGCCGACUUGGUCUGUGAUGGGGUGCUCCCUAUUGACCAAAUGAGAGAGUAUACGGCACCAACUGCACUCAUCGUCAAGCGCAUCCCUCGCGAGGUCCUUGAAGCGAUUUACGGCCUCUCUAUCCGGGUGAAAGGGUCCGAAGAUGGUGGAAACGGCCUUAUCACAGGGACGGACUUCUUGAUUGCCUAUGCCAUUGCCCGCGGGUUCACGCGGGCGGGGCAAGGCAACCCGGACGAGGCACGCGCUGCCAGGUACAUCUUGAAGGAUUACGUCAACGCAAAACUCUUGUACUGCCACCCACCUCCAGGAGUGACCGAAGGCGACUUCAACGAGCAGACUCGCAAGAUGGCUUUACAGCGAGCGAUGGGCAAGAAAAGAGCUCCGACGACACGCGUCACGAAGAAAGCGGACACCUUCAUUGCUCCCAUCCCAACCGACGGGCUGACGUCAUCUGCUGGUCAAUCGAACAAAAGCCGCAAAGUGGACCAAGAUUUCUUCGCCAACAACAGCUCGCUCUCCGCUCGUCCUUUUGUACAGGGUGCAAGAGGCCAAGGGAAGGAGUUCUCAAGGACCCAGUUGUAUCCACAUCAGAACAUGGUGGCGGACGACGGUACAGUGCUCACAGGACGCAGAGCCAGGAUCGUGGCGGUCAUGGCCGCCGGUGGAGAGGCGGCACCAGGGAAGAAGCAGCACAAAAAGAUGAAGAGGGUCAAGCAGAGAAGCGGGAAGGGCUACGAUGACUAG